GUUUUCUCGUUUGUUCCUGAUCGUGCGACCGUUAUACGAAAGUUUUGUCUCGUGUGUAUUAAGAGUUGCUAUAUUCGUAAAAAUAAGGUAAAAUUUGAGUUAUUCUUUUCGAUUUGGGUUUUAUUUUAUUCAAGAAAUUCGGUAAAAUGAUUUCCAUUUGCUAAUGAACUUGUUAGAUUUGUGUUUUUGUGUCGUUUAUGAUCUUCGUUAAUGGCGUCUGAACCUGAACGUUACUUGAUGGGUAUGUAGUUAUGUACUGAGUACGAAAGUACUCGUAAGGUUUCAUUUUCGAAUUAUCGUGUACCUAUAUCCGGUUGAUGUUUUCGACAUUUUUCUUCAUCUUUGGCUUAGCUACGUACUACGUAUGGUUUUGGCUCUGUAAGUAAAUGCCUGAUGGUAUAUUUCAAUAAUUUCCGGUGUUUCGUGUGUGAGAAAUUUUAACGGUUUUCUUCGGUUUUUCCGAUUUUGGUAAUCUAAAUCACGUUAUUGAAUCCCCUCGUUAGUGUUUUUCACUUCGUAAGCACCUUUUUUGUGAAAUACGUUACGUAAUUGUUCGGUUUUGAGACUUCCGUCGAUUUUAGUCUCAUUUUCGUGUUUUUCAGUCUGAAUCGGUGUGUAUAGAGUUUUGCUUUUAGUUAGUUCAUAUUCGAUGGCGAGAUUUUCUUUCGUUUCGAAGUUAAUAUUGGUAUGCCUAUCGGUAGAGUUAUUCAGAUAUCGUGUUAGCGUAGUUCAUCUAACACCGGAGUAAUAGUUUCUUAUUUACUGGUAAAAGAAACGAUUCUCAAAAAUCUUGAAUUAUUUCUCUUGCUUCGCUUGGAAAAUAAACCUCAAAAUUUUUCGAAAAUUGUUUCAUUUCUCAGCUAAAUAAUAGGUACCUAUUGCUUCCGCACUUCAGUUCCGGUUCUCUCUUUCCAAUCUUUCAUUCGCAAGUUUAUAGAUCCCAACCAACCUCUUUUUUUGGUCUAUUUAGGUAUGUAUUUUAUUCGUCGGAUUUUGGAAAGAGAUCUACCUACUACAGGUGCUGUGAUGCCGAAUUUUGGUACGAAGCCUAUUGUACUAAUCCUCGAAUUGACGUACAAAUUCUCCAGCUGUUGCUGGCAUCUGCGUCGUAGGUAAUUUUUAUUAUUGCUUAUGUUGAAACACGGGAGAUGACCGGAUCUGUAAGGUCAGUUCGUGGCUUCUUACAAUAUGCCGAAUACUGAAAAUAGUAUCAUAGACCUGUAAUUGUGAUUUUAAUUUUAUUUGUUUUCGACUUUCGUACCUAAGUAUGUCGGUUUUCGUUUGAAUCAUGUGUGUAGCGUUUAGUUCAUAUUUGAUGGCGAGAUUUUCUUUCAUUUCAAAGUUGAUAUUGGUAGGUUUAUGUGAUGAUUUAUUUUGCAUGCUUCGGUUAUUUCUUCUACUGCCGGAAAAAUAGUGUCUUAUUUUAGUGUUAAAACAAAUACGCACGAAGACAAAGCUGAGUUUGAGUUUGUAUUUCGUAUUGUGUUCAGUUUUUUAACGUAAAUUUUGCUACCCGAAUAGCUUAGAUAUCUUUUUUUAAUUUCGUGUGAUGUUUCGCGAUGUAAUUAGUGUUCCAUUCCAAGAAGAUCCAUGAAGAAGAAGAAGAAGAUUGAAGAUUCAUCGAUAUAGCAGCUCAUAACUGAGCUGCGUGUUUCAUUUCUUCUCAAUAUGUGAUAGUAGUUUUAACUACUUUUUAUUUCUUCAACAAUAAAAUAGCAGUUUUUACUGCUUUUCAUCGACAUCCAGUCAGAAGCCGGAUUCCACGGAGAAGAUGAAUUCUGCUUACCUAUCCUCCGACUUCAUCACUCAUCGCCGAAAAUAGAAUAGAAGAAAACUGUUCGCCCAGAAGAGUGUUCCAAGAAGAUUCAUCGAAGUAGCAGCUCAUAACAGUCAUAACUGAGCUGCGUGUUUUAUUUCUUCUCAAUAUGUGAAUAGUAGUUUUAACUACUUUUUAUUUCUUCAACAAUAAAAUAGCAGUUUUCACUGCUUUUCAUCGACAUCCAGUCAGAAGCCGGAUUCCACGGAGAAGAUGAAUUCUGCUUACCUAUCCUCCGAUCCUUCAUCAACCAUCGCCGAAAAUCGAAAAGAAGAAAGCUGUUCGCCCAGAAGAGUGUUCCAAGAAGAUUCAUCGAAGUAGCAGUUCAUACGUAAUACGCGUUUUAGCGUUAUUAUUAUUUCUUCUCAAUACAAUAUGUGAUUUCUUCUCAAUUUCAACAUUACUCAACCAAAAAGCUGAGUUAUGUUGAACCUAUAUAAUAUGUGAUUAACACGAUUGUUGACUCUUCGUUAUAAUUUCUUCUACAACCAAAGUCCUACGGAGGUAUUCGUAUUAUGUUGAGCGCAUUGCGAGUUCCAUUUUUUUAAGAACAAGAGAACGAAGGACGAAACUGAGAUGACCGGAAACAAAGACCAAACUGAGACCUCGUAACAUAUGACUGUCAUUGGAGUGAUUCCUAUCCUGCAAUAUUAGUAUCGUAAUAAAUUUGUGUAUUUAGAUAGUGUAUAUUAAUUGUACGUAUUAUAGAUCUGUGAUACCUAUGUGCUCUGCAAUGGCAUGCGUGUAUUGUGUGUGUGUUUUGCUUUAUGUAGAUAUGUGUUUAAAUGUGUUUUGCUUUGUGUGUAUGUGUGUUUUGCUUUUUCUGUGUACGGGUGUGCUUGUUGUGCUUGAUUUUGCUUGAUCUUCCUCUUAAUACCUUUUCUUUUUCUAUUCUGUAUUCCAUUUUUCUUCUCUUUCCUCGUCCCUUUCUUCAUUUUGUUGCCAAUGAUGAAAAUCAAAAGUACUUCGUGGUACUUGAAGAUUCUGAUGGUGACUUUUUGAGUAGAUAGUUAGAUAAUUAUACACCUUUGUACGAUUACCUGUGUCGAUUGACCAAUUUCUGAUUUCAGUAAGAAUUUCAAAAUUAUUGUUGUAACAAUACCUAGUGUUGUUUUUAGAAGCUCUACGAAAGGAAUCUUCUCAGGAUUCACUCACCGAAGCAAAAGAUUGAUCUUGAAAUACAAAAACGUGGUAUUAUCGUUUUCCAUUUUCCAGAAAAUCAUUCGAUCGUUGGAAAAAUUUACAUUUACCUAAAUUAGAAAUAUCAGCGAUGAAAAUUCACGUAAUGACGACUGUUCAUAAUUCCAGGUUGGAGUUAAAUGCAUUCGAAAGUAUUUUACCGAUGAAGUUUCAAUUGGAAAGAAUUAUUUCAUCACCAGCUACGUAUAAAAAUGUGCAGUCAAUUUUGUGUUUGGUUAAAUUCGGUAGGUAAACUCUCGAAUAUUUAUUUUGAACCUAAUCGAUGUAAUCAAGCAAAUGAAUUUUAAUCAAUUUUGUGAAUUGAAAUGUCAAAAUUCAAUACCUACGGAAAAUUCUCCUUGAAAACUUUCACGUUUUAAUUGGCAUCCGAAUAGAAGGUCAUUUUAAAUGAGAAAUGCAUCGAAAAGAAUGCUUUCAAUAUUUUUUCGUACAAUUUGGUCCAAUUAUAAUAAACACAUAAUAACGUAUAGGUAAUUUAAUUUAGAUCAAAAAAUAAAAUAUGAUUGUUUUAGUAAUACUUAAUUUAUAAGUGCAUGAAAUGGCAAACGUAAGUAGGUACGUAUCUUAGAUUAAAAUUUUCAAGCAUUAUAAUUAAUCGAUCAUUGCUAUUGGCUGAAGUUCGGGAAAAAGCAAUCAAAUUCGGUAGUUCAUUGUUGGAGAAUGGAAGAUAUUUUAUAGAAUUUUCUUUAAAACUUAUAGAUUAAUGUAACGAGCAAAAAUUCAACAAUGGAUUCGAUCCGAUGACGUUUAGUACAGUAUCCGGAUGGUUGAGUAUAUAUGGUAGGUCUAGGUACCUAUUGUCAUAGAAUAAAUUAAUUCGAGUUAAUCUACGGUAUUAUCUAACCAACGGAAAUAGGUAAAUGUACAUACCUUAAUGAUGGAAGAUUGUGUCAUCUUUAUUUUUUAAUUCAUUUUGAUGAAAUUGACAUGUGAUAAGAAUUAAGAUUUCACUAUUUCAGCCAACGAGCCUUUAAGUAUCAAGUAUCUAAUGCGCCUUCUGGAGAUCUGAUAGUGAUAUUCUUUUACGAGACUUUAAUCAUUUACGUCACGAAGCCUUAGAAUGUUCAAACACGAAUCAGUUAACAUUGAAAUAUAUUGUUGUAAUUUUACUCUUACCACUUGAAAAUUGAUGCGAAGUUCAUCGGUUAUACUUACAUGAGAUAUUUUGACUAUCUUUUUAAUUUUUUUCUAAUCGUCACUGAACUGAAGUGUUCCUAAACAAUGACAAGUUUUGAGAAAUCAUACUGAUAGGAUUCUUUCAAGUGGCUUGGAACAAUUGAAGCUAGGUUUUGUAUUAUCAUACUUAGAGUAUUUUCUCCUCUGAAGAUGACCUUAUAAAUUCAUUCCGAAUGUUUAUCUCAGGUAUGGAAAUUAUAAUCAUUUCAUUUGAUGGUUGCUGGUUGAUAGUGUUGGCCGAAAUUUUUGCCAAGAGUUGUACUUAUUACCUAUCUAGCUAGGUAAGGAACGUGUUACUUUUUUUUUCAUUGCACUUUUUCAGUUAUUUUAUUUCCAAACAUCUCGCAAGAAUUAGUAUCAAUGAUCAGUUCGUCGAGACUUGGCUUUUGACUUGAGAAUUCACCUUAUCACAUGCCAAACCAAUCUCAUUGUAUCGAAUCAAAAUCAUCAAACGACUACCAUAAACGUUGGCUUAUGGAAGUGAAUCUUUACAGUUAUCUACACGGGAAAUCACUGAGUUACUACUGGAAUCGUUCGAGUUUAGAGGUUGAUUCUCAUAAAUCAUAAUGCCAACUUUUGGUGUUAAAUUUUCUUAAGACUCGUCAAUGUUGAUUUCAUAGGUACGUGAACUUUUCUAGAAAGCAUAAAAAUUACAAUACCUAUUGCUACUUUAGCAAGUGCUUGACUUAAUCGUUCGGUUUUUAAAACAAUACCUUUCGUUGGUAAUCGUACGCCUGUUUUGACCUUUUUUUUUUUUUUUUUUUUUUUCAGAAGAAGUUGAAAAAUAAUAAAUUUUGCAUGUAUUGUUUGAAAUGACACUGUAAUUGGCAGUACAUAUCUACCUAUCUUGAAAUAUUCAUCGCAUCAAUAUUCGAUGACUUUUUGCUUGGGUUUCAAGUUUGAGAUGUUUUGGAAGUCGAAAUAUCCUGCGUGAAGUUUUAAAAAAUCGUGACUUCUUGAUGGGCAUUAGUUAUCAACGCGCUUCACUCAUCUAUCAUCUUUAAUCCUUACGUAGAAUGGAGGAUCAUUAAGAUAACUACUAGGUACUCAAUCGUAAUAUGUUCGCCAAUGAAGUAACUGAAAAUCAACAACUAAAGACAUGUUUCUAAGCGAAGCUAAAUUCUUGAAGAUAUUAAUUUCGACAAUACUGCAUUUCAUUGGCGCCUUCGACUCACCGAUAUGCAGCAUCAUAUACAGCUCAGUUUACAUGGGUAGUUUGCUGAUCAGUUUAACUGGAAGUAUCAUCGGAUUUGCCAACACUCACGGAAAAGUUCGUAAGAUAGAAUCUUUUGUAUGCUUAUACGUGAAUUUUGAAGUAAAUUGCAUGUUCUUAGCUUCAAUUCUAUGUCGACAAAGAAUUAAGAAAUUAUUGCACACGAUGGAGAAUAACAUCAUCUGUGCCUACGAUAUUUUCAAAGAAACAGCUAAAUUGGCCAAUUUGAAAAUCAUCAUGUUGAUAAGUGCACACAAUGUUUUAGCCAUCAUGUUCGUAACACCUCCGUUAUUUCUUUUAAUUUUCGAACCAACGUUCUCGGAUACAGAUAAAUCAUCCGAAAUAUUACCCUAUUGGUUCGCUUGCGAUGAUCAACGGUCUGAUGGAUUACUCAACACAUUGUGUUGGAAAAUGGAAACAAAAAAACAAUUCAUGGUCAAGGUUAUGCUGGAACUUUUGGUUGGUACGAUGUCGUAUUUUGGGUUUUGCUUCUGCGUGAUGCUUUAUUGCGUUAUUAUAGCCGAGUUUUGCAUUCAUAUGAGAAUUUUCAAAGCCGAAAUUGCAAAAUUGACCGAUUAUGCAAAUUCAUUUUCCCACGAAUAUAAUCAACUUCACACUGGAAAGUUGAAAAAUUUGAUGCUGGUUGAGCACAACGAACGAAUGAAUCAUAAAUUUAUCGACGUUAUUAAAUAUCUGCAGUAUUUAAGACACUGCGUUCGGGAAAUAAAUUCUACUUUCAAAUAUUACAACGAUAUACUCAUCACCGAAUGCUUUUUUGGGACGGUAACCGUAAUACUCAUGGCUUUCAACAAGAGUGAAAACGCGAUGUUAUUCAAGUGUACAGCUGUGUGUAUUCAUGGUAUAAUAUCAUAUGUUUUACUUUGCUAUUUCGCUCAAAUAAUUUCAGAUACAAAUGAAACAAUAUUGAAUGAAAUGUCCACCAUUCCAUGGUACAAUCAAUGCGCUCAAUUUCGUAAAACAUAUUUGAUGGUAUUGGCCGACACUUGCAUACCUACCUACUGAAGUGAAGAUCUUUGAUGCUCGAGUCUUGAAUUUGACUUUUUUAAUAUCGUCUGUCAAAACAAUAUAUUCUAUUUUAAAUGUACUCUUAUUAAAAACAGGAAUCAGGUAGAUUUAGAAUAUUUUUUCAACGAACUAUAAUUUGCGAUUUUUAAUUUAUUUCAAUUGGAUGCUGUAACCAUCCCCCUCUUUCGUACCUAAUGAGAAUUUUCGUAGGCUUUCUAAAGAUUAAAAAAAUAUGUUGCAGUUUUUUACUUUUUUUAGAUCAGAAAUACAACAUUUAUUACUGAUGUAAUUUUCUCGCAGCGUUGCUAAAAAAAAUUUUCUUGAUCAACUUGAACUUCAAAAAAUCAAAAUAUUUUUCAACCAAUCUGGAACGUCUAGUCAAAUAGGCAUUAAUUCCCACCAUGAAUUUAUAACUAUUAAUUCAUUUUUGAAACCCAUCGGAUGCUUGUAUUUUUCUUUUUUCUUCGCCCAAAUUCCAAGAAAUGAAAUGAAAAACUUUUAGCCAUCUUUUGUAUACCUAUUUACAGACUUUUGGCGAUAAUCAAUUUGUACCUAUACGUAUUGAACCGCGUAAGUCAUGAAAAUAUGUCAUUAAGUUUUGUAUAGGUACAUCGUUUGAAAUAAAUACUACUGUCGUAA